AAAUCAUGAAACUGAUCCAAUCAACCUGUGAGAGGACCAUUAAUCAUCAGUCAUCACUGGUGACAACGCUCAGCGCAGGUGACACAGCCUCCUAACAAGUGGAAGUGACAGUGGAGAGGAGCAAGAAGAAGAAGAAAAAGGAAUAAAGAAAAAGAUAAUUUCGGAUAAUCUACUGGAGUAAAACACCUGCUGGAGCUCAGUCCAGGGAAAUCUACGGUUAAGUCAUGAACCUGACCAGCGCUCCAAAGGGAUGUGGUUCCAACAUCAACUCCAUAUAUUACAACCUGUGUGACCUGACCAAAGUGUGGGGGAUCGUGGUGGAGGCCAUCGCUGCUGCUGGCGUGGGGGCCUGCUUUGUCCUUUUCAUCAUCCUUAUGGCCUGCUUGCCGCUGGUGACGGACACAAAUAGAAAGGGUACGGUGGUGCUGCAGUCUGGCAUCCUUGUCUUCACUCUGGGGCUCUUUGGGCUCACAUUUGCCUUCAAUGUGGGCCCGUACUCUACCACCUGUGCUGCACGCAGGUUCCUGUUUGGAGUACUGUUUGCAGGAUGUUUCGCCUGCCUGGCAAUGCACGGCCUGUGGCUUGCUCUGCUGCAGCGGAGGUGCCGGGCACCCAGGAGUUGGAUUUUCUGCCUGGGAGCGCUGGGUUUGUGGCUGGUUGAGGUGAUCAUCAACACUGAGUGGCUUAUUAUCACUGAGGUCAGGCCGACCGGAGGUGUCAUUGCCCCCAACUUGUCUUGCAGCAUUGCCAACCAGGACUUUGUGAUUGCACUCAUUUAUGUAAUGGUUCUGCUGCUAGCUGUGGUGGUGAUGGGUGUGCCCCCACUGGUACACAAGCAUAAGAACUUGCGCAGAGACGGUGCUUUCAUCCUGGUCACAGGCCUCCUCUCCAUAGCUAUCUGGGUAGCCUGGAUUAUCAUGUACAUUGCCGGGAACACACUGGCCGGGAACCCUAGCUGGGAUGAUCCCACACUGGCUAUUGCUGUGGUGUCAAAUGCCUGGGUGUUCCUCUUCCUCUACACUAUCCCAGAAAUGUGCUUACUGACACAGCAAGACCCUGACAAGGAGGAGCUCCAUGACGGAGAACACGUCUACCCUGCCAGGAGCCUGGUUUGUGACAACAUUCUUAAAGAGCCGGAGACACGCCACCAGAACGUGUACCUGGAUAAUAAAGCUUUCUCUAUGGACGAGCCUCCAACAGUACCCACAAAGCCUGUGUCUCCAUAUGGGGCUUACAAUGGUAUGGUACGAAGUUGUGUGUACCAGCCCACUGAAAUAGCACUGAUUGCCAAGAAUCUGUCAAAGACGGAGCAAGAAGCAAUGAUCGCUCGAGCAGCAUCCCCCUCUUUGAGUCCAGGAAGUAGCAGCUCCCUGCCUCAUGCUGCCAACUCCUUGCCCUCUUGAGGGCAGAAACGGGGAGACCGUCAUGAGCUCAAAGCACUCGGGCUCACAUGAAAACACCGUGAUCCAAGCGAAAC